AUGGCGGCAGUGCACCUAACUGCGCUGGCCCCCACCGGCCUAUCCACCAGCGGCCUAUCCACCGGCGGCACCUGCACCUCCGGCACCGCCAUCGUACCCGGCUCCGGCACCGCCAUCGUACCCGGCUCCGGCACCGCCAUCGUACCCGGCUCCGGCACCACCAUCAUACCCGGCUCCAGCGCCGCCAUCGUACCCGGCUCCACCAUCACGUCCGGCAACACCAACACCAAAAUCAAGUAUCACUCCCUGUACAAGCGAGUGACGCUAACGAUACAACGACAGAGGAGGCCUCCCCCUCCGCCCCGGCCACCGACUCCCCUUCCAAGACCACCCGCACCAGCAGCACCACCACAAUAUCAGCCUGCCCCACCCGUGUACCAGCCACCACCACCUCCGCCGGCUCCAAGACCUCCAGUCAGACCACCCCCUGCGUACCAGCCACCUCCCCCUGCACCAAGGCCACCGCGCCCACCACCAGCCCCUAGGCCUCCAGCUCGGCCACCGCCAACAUACCAGCCACCACCGCCUGCCCCAAGGCCACCGCCUCCUCCACCAGCUGCAAGGCCUCCAGCUAGGCCACCACCAGCAUACCAGCCACCACCUCCAGUUCGAAGGCCACCGCCCCCUCCUCCCGCCCCAAGGCCACCACCUCCUCCACCGCCUGCAAGGCCCCCAGCCAGGCCACCACCAACAUACCAGCCACCUCCUCCGGUUCCAAGACCACCGCCACCUCCUCCUGCCCCAAGGCGACCACCUCCUCCACCGGCUCCAAGGCCUCCAGCAAGGCAACCACCAGCCUACCAGCCACCACCUCCAGUUCCAAGACCUCAACCACCCCCUCCGGCUCCAAGGCCACCGCCACCUCCACCAGCUCCAAGGCCACCACCUCCAGCUUAUAGACCCCCGCCUCCACCUCCACCGCCCGCAAGACCACCCUUUGCUCCACCUCCGGUGCCCGCUCCUCCUCGAAGGCCAGCGCCUCCCGCUCCGAGGCCACCUCCUCCCUUCCAGCCUGCACCGCCACCACCUGCGCCUAGGCCCCAACCUCUACCCCAACCACCACGCCCCGCGCCAAGGCCUCAACCUCCGCGCCGACCACCACCAGCUUACCUGCCUGGACCUGCCCCUGGUCCUGCCCCUGGUCCCGCUCCUCGUCCUAUCCCGAGGCCCGUUCCACGACCCGGUCCCUCUCCGGCACCAGGAUUUGGUCCAGGUCCUGGAGUAGUGGUGUACCAGCCCCCGGCUGUCUACAUACCAUCGACUGUGUAUGUGCCGCCUGUUAUACCAGCCCACGCACCACCACCAUCGUAUCCGCCUCCACCACCUGCUGCUGCUGUUCCGGCACCACCGCCUCGUCCUCGACCUCUGCCGAGACCCCCACCAUCAUAUACACCACCACCAGCUGCUCCAAGGCCAGUGCCGCAACCUCCUGCACCUAGACCUCCACCGCCGCCACCUGCACCGAGACCUCCACCGCCGCCACCACCUCAAAGACCUCCGCCCCCUCCAUCUCCUAGGCCACCACCAGCAUACACGCCUCCACAGGCACCUCAAGCACCUAGACCACCUCCACCCCCUCCUCCAGCUCCGAGACCACCCCCGACACUACCACGUCCCGAGGCCCCUCGUCCUUCACCUCCCGCACCAAGGCCCUUGCCUCCCAGGCCUAGUCCACCUUACCAGCCACCUUCCCAGGGCCCUGCUCCAACGAGAAGACCUCCACCAGAGUACAGACCAUCUGGAGGACCACCGCAAGAGAAUCGUCCACCGGAUGACGAUUUGUUCCUAGUUGUGUUGCUUCCGAACGAAGGCGGAGGUGAUGGUCCUUCGCCCUCCGUGGACGAAGACGAGCAGCCGUACGACCUGCCGCCACAGCGACCCUUGCCACCUCAAAGGCGACCUCCCUCUGGGCCUCCUGGGCCGCUGGGUCCGGCGAGACCUCCUCCGGGAGCUGGCUAUCCCGCAGAGCCCCCAACUGGCCCUCCAGUCGUGGUACCUCGACCCGACAGACCCGGUCCGGAUGGCGAUUUCCCGCCCUGCAAAGUGCAAGGGGAGAACUUCUGCGUCCUCACGAAUGACUACCCGUCGGACUACGUGGGAAAGAUGGUGGAGCGUGACCUGAAGAAGAUCAAGAUCAUGUACGAGGAGCUGCAGACCGUCGGUGACCCCGAGCUUUUCCCUAACCACCUGGGCACCAGCUCCGCCGCCCGCGGAGCCUUCGCCUGCGAGACCGACGCAAAGACAAUGCGACCUGGCUGGGCCAAGGACGCCAUAUCUGGGGAGUGGAUGCUCGUCAUCAACACGGAUGCCUUCCCACAGAAAGUGCGCACAGAGAGCUGCAGGAAACCGGACGAGCCGUGCUCUUUCAUCGCUCCGUUCUACGAGUCGACAUGCCAGCAACGUUACAGCUUACAUCGGCUGCUCGCGCUGCACCCGUGGAACCCCGAAAAGAGUCCGCAGGUGACGCUGUUCAAGUUCCCCGCCGGCUGCUCGUGCCGUGUGGACGCCAGCGGAGGCGGAGGUGCCUCUCAGCCGCAGUCGUACAAGAAAUGAGAAGCCAUGCCUGCACUCCCUUGUUUCCUUCUUCCUGAAUAGCUCAAAUAAGUUUGCUACGCAUAACAGACUUUCAAGCAAAGAAUGUGGGCAUUGUCGAUUUCCUUCACUAACGAUUGUUUCGAUGGGCGGCGCCUGGAGAGAGAAUUGUCGGAUUGAGAAGCGUUCUCCGCGACAGCUCAGAAUACGUCAAAGAAUAGCUCAGUUUUCAAGAGCAGUCACAACUAUGCAAGCACGGCUCAAUAGCAGUGUAGAAGCCGAAUGCAAGCUUAGUUUUGUCAAUCAGUGUCUUCAUGUGCACGAUUAAUACCCAUCCAUGGUUUCGUGAACGUGAUCCAAGAAGCCAUUCACUAUUGCGGGAAAUGAUUUUACUCAUAAGCUAACAAGUUGACGAUUUCGAUGACCUAAGAAAUUCUCAUAUACACGUUAAUAGGCCGUCACAAGUGAACUCGGGUAGUUGUGACCCGUUAUAGAACAAACUUUGGCGAUGCCUGGCUUUUUCGCAUUCGAGGUAGAACUGCUCCAACAAAAUAACGGCUCACAUUCCAGUGCUACUGUUUUCAACAAGGUUUUGUGCCUUUUCUGGCAUGUUAUUUAGGCAAAAAUUGUAUAUGCCUUCACUAUAAUCAGCACAAACCGUUAUAGCUCGCAAUGUGCGUCUAUACCACUUAUGAAAAUUUCUCAUUUCCCAAGAGUCAUGCGUUCCCUAUGCUAGAUACUAUGGGCCUUUGGACUAUCCGACGUUGUAAUGUAGAGUUCCUUCUUAUUCUCCUUCUUUGUAACAAGCAGCUUUUGUCCUAACAGGGGGACGCCGUGACAUGAUAGAAACCGAUUGGGGUCUGAUGCCUCGGACUCGCGCCACUGUUAGCCGGCACGAAACUAUUUACGUCCGAUUUAAUGCGCAUUCACAGCCGCUCACGUUGCUGUGUUAUGAGUUUAGGCUAGCAGAGGGACAAAGCGGAACAAGCUGAAGCAAUUCCUUUUAUUGUUCCGAGAGUGCGUUAUCCCCUUCGCGUUUCUAUAGAGCCCAUUGCGACGUCCCCCUGCAUCGUGCCUUCCUAAGCCCCUCGGCCACUGCAGUUACAAUGUUGUAUUCAGCGGAAACCAGAAGGCCCUUUCUG